AUGGCUCCCUUCAAUUUCAAGAAGAAGAAAGAGACGAAAUCUUCGAGCUCUGCAUCUCCCACUUUAGUGUCUACACCUGCCAAAAGUGCUACUCCAACGGCUGCUUUCCAAACCUACUUCCAGCAGCAGCGCCAGCAACAACAACAACAACAACAACAACAACAACAACAACCUGUGAGCAAGCAUGGAGCAGCAGAAAAGCAAGGAUACCCUCAGCAGCACCGGGUAUAUCCGACUCCGCCUCCAAGCCAACAGCGGAAUGUGUCUGGGGCUUCAACGGCGUUAACACAGCCGCAGAGGGAUUACACGCCAUGGAACAGAAUCAAGCUUCAAAACUCACCGUUCCCACGCUACAGGCAUGUGGCAUCUUCAUAUGUGUCUAAUGAUAAUCGCAUUUAUGUUAUCGGCGGUCUUCAUGAUGAAUCUGUGUACGGGGAUACUUGGGUUAUUCAAGCGGAUGAGACUGCCACUCAUUUCUCUUCAAAGACCGUUGAUAUAAGUGAUUCUACACCUCCUCCCCGAGUUGGACACGCUGCCACCCUCUGCGGAAAUGCCUUCGUCGUAUUCGGCGGUGAUACUCACAAGUUGAAUAGCGAGGGACUGAUGGACGAUGAUCUCUACCUGUUCAAUAUAAACUCUUACAAAUGGACGAUUCCAAAUCCUGUCGGUCCAAGGCCCCUAGGCAGAUAUGGUCACAAGAUCUCCAUCAUUGCUACUAAUCAGAUGAAAACUAAGCUUUACCUAUUCGGUGGUCAGUUCGAUGACACCUAUUUUAACGACUUGGCAGUUUACGACCUCUCUUCGUUCAGAAGAUCAGAUUCGCACUGGGAAUUCCUGAAGCCAAAGACGUUUAUUCCCCCUCCCUUGGCAAACCAUACAAUGGUGUCAUACGACCAUAAAUUAUGGGUUUUCGGAGGCGACACAUUGCAGGGACUGAUAAAUAGAGUGUUCAUGUAUGAUAUCAUGACCAAUGACUGGACUAUCGUGGAAACAACAGGUGCAAAACCUCCGCCUCUACAGGAGCAUGCGGCAAUUAUUUAUGGAGACCUUAUGUGCGUCAUGGGUGGCAAGGACGAGCAAGAUGUUUACUCUAACAGCGUCUAUUUUUUGAACUUGAAGUCUUACCGGUGGUUCAAGUUCCCGAUUUUCAAAGCAGGAAUACCUCAAGGUCGUUCAGGACAUUCUGUAACAUUGCUCAACAACGAUAAAAUACUCAUCAUGGGCGGUGAUAAAUUCGACUAUGCCCGCCAAGGCCAAUACGAUCUGAGUACCAGUGACACAGACAUGGGGAAGGGAACGAUACUGUACACGUUAGACCUUUCACGUUUAGGUGACCUUUGUCCCGGAAUUUUUGAUGUGUCAGAGCCUUUUAAUCCGACAACCCCACCAAUAGACAGCAGCUCGUUUGCUUCGACAAAAACUUCUCAGCCUCAGACAAACAUUUUGACACCGUAUGUCCCUGGCGUAGAUCGAACUCCUACUGCGAAUAGAUCCCCACAGCAACAAGAUAUCGAGACACCACUAUCCAAAGUAGUAGAUCACAAUUCUGGUAAUGAACCUUCUGCUUCUAAGAACAGUGAAUUAGAGAUCCCGCCACGUAACAGCAAUCGCAAUGCGAAAGAGAUCAAGAAACCCGUGUCUCCAGUACCGGCACUUGCAGCUUCUGAGGGUGUGCAAGUUCCCCGUGUAGUUUCCUUGAGCUCCGAGUACAAAGAUGAUCAGGAGGGCACAGAUGAGGAGAUCGGCAUUGCCACUGUUGCGAGUUCACCUUUGAAAGGUGAUGUAAAGUAUGACGCGGGACUUCAGCGUCCUAUUUCUACAGAGGAUAGGGCGGCCAACCAAAGUGACCUCAAAGAAGCAGUAAGCAUAAAAAAGCUUAAUGAUUUGCCGCCUGGCAAGGACGAAAGACUCACAGAUGCAGCCACGCACAAUUUUACCGAACAGCCAACUACGGACAAUAGAGAACAAACGCUGGACAAAAAUGUCAUCAGUCAUUUACGUUCGGAGCUAGAGCAUUUGAAGCUUCUAACCGAGGAGAAGGCAACAGAGGCUAGCACAUAUAUCAGGCAGCUUGAAGAACAAGUUCGAAAGCUAACUAGUGGGUCUGCCAACAAUGCAGGAACUAUCAAUUUGCAAACUCGGCUCGACAUUGUUGAAGCGGAUCGUGACGGUUUACAAGACCAUGUUAAUGAAAUGGAGCAACUUCUGGACGCAAAAUUCUUGGAAUUGGGGACUUUAAAUGACAUUAUCAAACAGCAGAACGAUAAGAUUGAUGGGCUCGCAAAUGAAGCCUUAUUAAAAGAGGAGCUCGAAACUUUAACACAGAAAUUUGAGUCCCAAAGCAAAGAAAACCAGCUACUGAAACAAAAAUUGAAAGAAGCAAACUCCAACAGCAGGCAAGAAAUCAAACGUCUGUCCUCUCAGAUAGAAGAAUUGCUUUCAAGAUGGGGUUCCAAAACUGCGGCUAAAAGCUCCGAGCAUGGUGGCGAUAACUCAGCCGGAGAACUGAAGUAUGCGGGAAAAAGUCCUCAUCAUGACGCUGUAAUUAACAGGUUACAGCAAAGGCUAGACGAAUUACUGACAAGCAGUGAUGAUCUGAAGAGGUCUCACGAAAAGCUGGAUGCCAACUAUCAGGAUUUAAAGCUGAAACACAGCACUUUGAGCGAAGAAUUACUUACCAAGAAAAGUGAGCUUGAAAAAUUCGAAGGUGACUAUAAGGACACUUUGAGCUCUGCAACAAAUACAAGCAGGGCUUUGGAAAUGACACAGGAGGAGCUACAAAGGUAUAAACAAGCGAAUAAAAAACUGAAGGAAGAAUUAGAGGAGAUGAUAUAUGCACGAGAAUCCUCACUGGGAGAUGUAUCCAGCUCCAUGGACAGCAAGGACGCAGCUGGAAACAAUAGUGCACUAAGCCAGGACUCCAGCAUGAAAUUUGCUCGCUAUAAUAUGAAAAUUAAUGACCUCAAGGCCGAAUUAUACAUCAUCAAGCAGGAAAGGGACAAUUUGAAGGACGAAGUACUUGAACUCAAGAAAAAACAGCUUGUAAUGAACGAUGAAUGA